UUUUUGAAAGAAUUUAAACCAUUAAUUCAUCAUCAUAUACAUAGAUAUAUUAAUGGCUACUAAAUGAACCGUGAUAAAAAUACCUUGCCUACACGUAGUCACCCUCAUUGAUAUAACAUAGCGAGGAAUUACCAAAAUAUCCUGGGUUCACCUUGUUCCCGAGUGCAUAUAAUAAUAGCUGGCCGACUCUGUCUCUACCUACAAAAUCACGAGUCGCGCUCUCACACUAACAAGUGUUCUACCAAAAACUAAUAAAAAAAAAAUAAUGGAAAAACAAGAGAACUCCUUUACAAAUUCCCCUCUUCUUAGAACAAAACUCAAUGAAGAAACAGAAGAAGAUAUUCAGAUUGAGAGAAACAUAUAUGAAUCGAAUAUGAUCAACUUAUCAACUAUGAUGGUUUAAACAAAGAGAAAUAUCAUCAUUUAGGAAAGAAUGAUUUUAAUAAUUUGGACUUUUUAGAAGAAGCAAAGAGACAAGUAUGGUUGGCAGGUCCAUUGAUAUUAGUUGGUCUUUUGACAUUUUCAUUGCAUAUAAAUAUAUAAUCUCUCUUAUGAUGUUCGGCCACCUCGGCGAGUUACCUCUUUCUGCAGCUUCUAUGGCUACCUCUUUUGCUUAUGUUACUGGCUUCAGCGUGCUGCUUGGAAUGGCGAGUGCACUAGAGACUGUAUGUGGCCAAUCAUAUGGUGCAGAGAAAUACAAUAUGGUGGGCAUACACACACAGAGAGCCAUGGUUUUGCUGAUGUUGAUAAGCAUCCCCAUUAGUGUAAUAUGGUCAUAUACCGAAACUAUUCUGGUGACUUUGGGACAGGACCAUGACAUUGCAGCUGGAGCUGCUCUGUACGCCCGAUUUAUGAUUCCAAGUCUUUUUUCCUAUAGUCUUCUUCAAUGCCUUAUCAGAUUCUUUCAAACACAAAAUAUAGUCAUUCCCAUGAUGCUGACCUCUGGAGUCACUACUUUGUGUCGUAUAUUAAUCUGCUGGUUAUUGGUGUUCAAAUUUGCCCUAGGAAUCAAAGGAGCUGCCCUUGCAAAUACUAUAUCAUACUGGAUUAAUUGUCUUCUGUUAGCACUUUAUGUAAAAUUUUCUUCGUCGUGUUCAAGAACUUGGACCAGCAGCUUCUCCAAAGCAUCAUUUCUAGGUAUCCCAGCUCUUCUGAGGCUCGCUAUACCAUCAGCUGUCAUGGUCUGCUUGGAAAUGUGGUCUUUUGAGAUGAUUGUUCUCUUGUCUGGUCUUCUGCCGAAUCCAGCAUUAGAAACUUCAGUGCUUUCUAUCAGCCUCAAUACUACCUCACUUGUUUGGGUUGUUCCUGAAGGUUUCAGUGGUGCUGUAAGUACUAGGGUCUCCAAUGAAUUGGGAGCUGGGAAUCCAGAAGCAGCAAGAUUAGCAGUAUAUAUUGUUCUAUGUAUGACAGUCUCCGAGAGCAUUGUUGUGGGGUUGAUCCUUCUAUUGAUACGAAAUGUGUGGGGUUAUGCUUACAGUAGCGAGGUGGAAGUGGUCAGAUAUCUUGCUUCCAUGAUGCCCCUGUUAGCAAUAACAAAUUUUGUUGAUGGACUCACUUGCGUCUUAUCUGGCACUGCUAGAGGAUGUGGUUGGCAAAAGAUUGGGGCAUAUAUUAAUCUAGGGUCAUUUUAUCUUGUGGGUCUUCCUGUUGCUAUCCUGUUAGCAUUUUUCAUGCACAUUGGAGGAAAGGGUCUAUGGUUAUGGAUUUUAUGCGCAAUCACCCUUCAAGCUAUCUCCUUCCUUGCUAUUACUAUGAAAACAAACUGGGAGGAAGAGGCCAAGAAAGCUACAGAGAGAGUCUUCGAAUCCAAAGUUCCCAAAGAGAUGGUUUUCUGAAGCUACAAUGUUGGCAAUGACAGAAAACAGCAAUCUGUGAUAGGAAAUCAGCUUUUCAAACUAAUCUAUAAUGCCUGGAUCUUUUUACCAGAAGCAAAACUCUGUACUCCUUGGUACAAAAUGAACAUAUGAGAUGAAUUUAACCUUUCUUGUCGCUAUAAGGAUCUUCCAGAUUCCGGAUCCUUUCAACGUUCAGGGCUAAUGCAUUUCAAGCUGGUGAAUAUUUCCUCCGUGAAACUAACCUCAUUCUUUUAGAACUCAUUUAAGAAUUUUUUUUUUUUUUUUUUUAAUUUUUUGUAUAUUUAAGCUGGUAUACUGGUAGUAACUUCAAAAUAAUAAUGGUAAUAAUAACUUUUCAUUGAAAAAUAUGAAAAAUAAAGAUAUAUACAAAGAUACAAUUCUAAUGUU